AUGCCGCAGUCCCCUGCGUGUUCGACUAUGUUUUAAAAAUUGGAAGAAUGAUUAGAGAUAUCGCCUGCAUCCCGUUAGAGAUUCCUGAUCAAAUACCAACAUCAAGCAAGUGGCGACGCCAAUUUGGUUUGUUUCAUUGACCAACCGCCACCAGAUACACGCAUGUGCGAGUUGUUGAUCCGUGGACGUUACGUCGGGAGAAAAUUAAAUGUGCUCAAAUCCUUAAAGGAUCAAAGUAUUAAUCGAUUAGCUGAAUUGUGUUAGGAAAAGAACACGGAGAAAAAUGUUUUCCGCGAGACGUUUGAUUCCGUCGCUGAGCAGGGAGAUCAGGCGUCAUUUAAAAAAAUCUCUAACCUCAAAACCAGCCGCGGCCGUAGAAUUAUGCGAGCCGACUAAAGAGAAUAAAGACAUACUCGUUGAGCGAAUGGGCGAGAUAACAAAGAUCGGUAUAAAUUGUCCGGAGAAAAAGAACAGCCUCAACCGAAUAGCGGCCCAAAAUCUUUCCGACGCUAUCGAAGAAUUUGAGCAAGACGAAUCCGCCCUUGUCGCCGUUAUCCACGGUAUUGGGGGAAAUUUUUGCACCGGCUAUGACCUCAAGGAAAUAUCCGAAUACGACGGAGAGUCGGAAGACACUUUGCCACAGUUCGGGCCUCUGGCAAACCGAAUGACUCAGACGAAAAAACCGAUGGUUGCUGCCCUCAGCGGUUACACGAUCGGAGCCGGUCUCGAGUUGGCUCUUCUCUGCGAUUUAAGGGUGGUCGAGGAGUCCGCAGUGAUCGGUUUUUACAAUCGGAGAUUCGGCGUUCCGAUCCUCGGCGGUGGUACCGUCCGUUUACCGGCUCUGAUCGGCCACUCGAGAGCGAUGGACAUGAUCCUGACGGGCCGAGGAAUCACCGCCGCUGAAGCCUUCUCGUGGGGAUUGGCGAACAGGCUCGUGGCGUGCGGCACGUCCCUAGGACAGGCCUUCAACCUGGCCCAGUGUCUGCUCAAGUUCCCCCAGCGUACGAUGCUCGCCGAUCGAGCCUCCGCUCACAACGCCUCAUUCUCUUCGCGGAGCUUCGAGGAGGCGUUGCAGUACGAGAAGGAUCACUCGACGCAUCUUUUAUUGGAAGAAGGCGCCGUCGGCGCUAAGAAAUUUCGCGAGGGUAUCGGGAGGCACGGAAAAUUCUAUCAUUUGCGACCCAUCGAUAGAAGCAAGACCGACGAGAUUAAAGACGAUCUUUUGUAGUUGCGAUAAUUUAAUAUAAUCCUACAGCGAUUAUACUUGUAUUGUAUAUUGAAUAAAAGCGUCUCUUUAAUCUUGCUGUACA